AUGGGAGUCCGUAGUCUUUCAAGCGGGUUUUAUUUGUCCACUCGAUCUCUAUCUCUGUCAUGGCGAAAGGUAAAAAUUGCGGGGGCAUGGGUGGGGGUGCUAGAAGUCGAAUUGGACAAAUGGACUGUAUCCAUGCUGAGACAAGAGGUUGCAAAGCGAUCUAACAACGACCUCAACUCGAUCAAUCUCAUCUUCGCAGGCAAAGUGUUGAAAGAUGGAGAUGGGAGCAAGAAUUUGACCCAACUAGGUUUUAAAAACAACGCCAAGGUUCUUGCUAGUAGGGCUUCUUCUCAGGAAGGCAAGUCUUUGGGUCAGGAGCUUAUGGCCGAAAGCGAACGCUCUCAGAGAUUGGCUCGAAUCAAGGCAGCUGCGAGUAGAAUGGCCAAGAGACAUGCAGAUGGUUCAUUGCCGAUUGAAAACUUCAAUAUAGAACUUGAAGAUCAAAGCGGGAAGAAAGUGAAGAUGGCAACCGAGACUGAUCAGCAGGCAAUCAUGAUGGGCCUGAUGCUUCAUACAGAUGGAAAGAAGCGGAUUAAACAAGAGAAGUACAAAGAUGCAUUGGAGGUGUUGAUCAUGGCAGAGGAGGCUUUCUCUCUCUGUGAUCCCAGCGUUAUUGAGCUUGUUGACAAUCCUUCGAUACUGCAAAUUGAUAUGGUUUGGUGUUAUUUCAUGCUCAGUGACAUCAGUAGUCUCUCGGUUGCGGGUGCUAGGAUUGAGAAGGCUAGAGAAGGACUUGAAAGAGCUCAUGGAAAGAAUGCAUCUCGUGUGAGGCUGCUUCAGGCAGGUAGGUAUCUGGAGCGUGCACUACAAUUGAGAUUGGAGAUGCUGGAAGGGGUCGUGGCUUAUCAUAGUGGUCAGGUUGAUUUAGCUAGGAAGGUGCUGACUUCUGCGCAAGAAAAAUUCAGGCUACUACAAGUGUCGGAUGAGUAUCUUUCACUACUGAUGAGCAUGGGGUUUAAAGAAGUAGCUGCAAAGAGGGCACUGCGGAUACGCAAUCAAGACGUUUCUAGUGCUGUUGAUUCUCUUGUUGAGCAAAAGGCAAAAAGAGAACAGCAGCGGGAAGAUGAUAUCCGCCGGCAACGGGAAAUUAAGGAGAAAAAGACGUAUGGUGUGACACCCUUGAACAAAGCUGUGGACCUGGAUAAAUUGUAUCAGUUGGUCUCCAUUGGGUUUGAGAAGGAGCUUGCUGCUGAAUCACUUAGAAAAAAUGAGAAUGACAGUGAGAAGGCAUUAAUGGAUUUGACAAAUCCAGAAACUAAUGUUUCCAUACAGGAACAACUCGACUCAAGGAGAAGUAAACGUCAGCGUCGAACACUAGAUGCUUCAGUUGAAUCACUUGUACGCAUGGGGUUUGAAUGAUCACUAGUGAACGAAGCUUUUCAGGGUGGAGGGACAAUGGAGGAAGCAAUCCGUCGAUUGCUCUCAGUACAAGCAUCAAAUCCAGCAAAUGGAGUCACCCAAUCUGAGGCAGACUCCACAGUUUCUUAUAACAACAAUAGCCAAGCUGAUGCUGCCAGGGACAUUGAGAAUUCUGUUACUUCGAUGAUUGAAAAUCAAAAUGGUGAAGCCGGAGGUUCUACAAAUGCAUCUGAGCCUGGAAGUUCUAGUAGUGCACCAGACCAUGAUGCAGAAACGGAGAAUGAACUUGUUGAAGAACUAGCACAACAAGACGCUAUCUCUGCCUAUGACCUUGAAGUUUGUGAGCAAGGUGAAGCCAUAGUCGAGUACUUAACACUUCUGGAUUCAGCACGGUGA